UAAAUAAUAUAUUGAAUUGCCUGGGAAAAAAAAGUUUAUUUUGAAUUAAUUAUACAUCAAAUCCCAUGCUGGCGCCACAGCGGAGGCGGGUGAUCGGAGACGCUCAAAAUUCGCACAACAGGUGACGAGAUCCACCACCCACCACCACAACUAAACCAUCUUCUCCGCCUCCGUGUUGGCUCGAUUUUUAGGCCACCCACCCAUUUCAAGAUUCUACUUGCUUUGUAUAUUACAUUCAUUGUCCAACAAAACGGCCGAAUGAGUUUUGCUUACAGCUCGAUAACCCAAAGCAACAAUGGCGUUAUACAUGCCCCUUUUCAAAGCUUGCACUACCUUAAGAUCUCUUACCCAACUACACGCGCAUUUGAUUGUCGGUGGGCUCCAGAAGGAUACUCUCGCAACAACCAAACUCAUUGAGUCAUAUUCACAAAUGGGUUCCGUGCAAUCUUCGAGGCUAAUCUUCGACACCUUUCCGAAACCAGACUCUUUCAUGUGGGGUGUUCUGAUCAAAUGCUAUGUGUGGAAUGGCCUGUUUCGAGAAGCCAUUGUUGUUUACCAAGACAUGUUGGAGAGAGCUACGGAAUUGAGCGAGUUUAUUUUUCCUUCAGUUUUGAGGGCUUGCUCUGCGGUUAGUGAUCUGAUGAUAGGGGAAACGGUCCACGCGAGGAUUUUGAAAUCCGGGUUCGAGUCCGAUCCCAUAGUCGAGACCUCACUGCUGAGUUUGUACGGCGAAACGGGGUGUCUGUAUAACGCUAGGAAGGUGUUCGAUGCAAUGUCAAAGAGAGAUGUAGUGUCGUGGAGUUCAAUAUUAUCUACUCAUAUCCAUAAUGGACAAGCAAAUGAAGGCCUGGGGAUUUUCAGGAACAUGGUAAAAGAAGGCGUCGAAAUUGAUUCCGUGACAAUGCUCGGUGUAGCCGAGGCCUGUGGUGAAUUACGGUUCUAUAGAGCUGGAAAAUCAUGUCAUGGGUAUGUAUUAAGAAGAAAUAUUGGAUUCGAUCAUGAAUCUUUACUGAGUUCCCUGAUAGCAAUGUACGGAAAAUUCGGUGAUUUAUGCAGUGCUGAAAAGCUGUUUCGUAAUGGUGGUGUUUGUCAGAGUGUUUCUUCUUGGACGGCAUUAAUUUCGUGCUACAAUCAAAAUGGGUAUUAUUCUGAAGCAUUAGGUACGUUUAUUGAAAUGCUAGCGUGUAAAGUGGAAAGCAAUAGCGUUACCCUAAUGAAUGUCGUGUGUUCUUGUGCUCGAUUGGGAUUGCUAAUAGAAGGUAAGUCCGUUCAUGGAUAUGUUAUAAGAAAUAAUUUCGACCUCGAUAAAGAUUUCUUGAGGUCGUCUUUGAUUGAUUUGUACGCUAAUUGUGGCCAUCUACUAUACAGCCAUCGCAUCUUCGAUACUACUCAAGACAAGCAUAUCGUAUCGUGGAAUAUUCUUAUAUCGGGUUAUGUUAGGGAAAAUAUGCCGGAGGAGGCAAUAUCACUUUUUCUUGAAAUGUUGAUAAACGGAAUAUUCCCGGAUUCCUUUGCACUGGCCAGUGCUCUAUCGGCCUGUGGAAUUAUCGGACAUUCGGAAUUGGGAUGCCAAAUACAUUGCCGUAUCACCAAAACCCUCCUCCCAAACGAGUUUGUCGAAAAUGCCCUCAUCGACAUGUAUUCCAAAUGUGGAUAUAUAAAUUCGGCCAUCGGAAUAUUCCAAGAUGCCCGUCAAGAAAGUGUGGUGACAUGGAACUCUAUGAUGUGCGGGUUUUCUCAAAACGGGUACUCGAAGGAAGCUCUCUCUCUUUUCGACGAAAUGUACGCUAAAAAUCUCGAAAUGGAUGAAGUGACAUUCUUGAGUGCAAUUCAAGCUUGCUCGAAUCUAGGGUUUAUAGAAAAGGGGAAAUGGAUUCAUCAUAAAGCGAUCACUUUCGGUGUGAGAAGAGAUAUGUAUAUAGAUACGGCUCUGACGAAUAUGUACGCACGAUGUGGAGACCUUCGCACUGCUCGAAGAGUGUUCGAUAAUAUGCCCGAACGAAGUAUUGUAACUUGGAGUUCAAUGAUAGGGGGGUAUGCAAUACACGGUUAUAUAGAUGAAUCCAUCUCUCUUUUCGAUAGAAUGGUGGAAUCAAGAAUCGAACCGAAUGACGUCACGUUUAUGAAUAUUCUCUCGGCUUGCAGUCACGCUGGAUAUGUCGAAAAGGGGAAGUUUUACUUUAAUUCGAUGAUUAGGGAUUUCGGUAUUAUCCCUAACUACGAGCACUAUUCGUGUUUGGUUGAUUUGUUGAGUCGAGCGGGUGAUUUGAAUGGAGCAUACGAAGUUAUAAACUCGAUGCCGUUUGGUGCGGAUGCUAGCAUUUGGGGUGCAUUGGUAAAUGGAUGUAGAAUUCAUCAGAGAAUGGACUUUGUUGAUCGCAUUAAGAAAGACAUUUUAAAUAUGGAUUCGGAUGAUUCGGGAUAUUACACAUUGUUGUCUAAUGUGUACGCAGAAGGAGGUAAGUGGAAUGAGUCGAAAAUGGUGAAGUCAAAGAUGAGAAGUUUGGCCGUGAAGAAGGUCCACGGCUAUAGUAUGAUCGAGAUUGAAUCGGAGUCGUAGGUUUUAGAUGCUACACCUGAUGAAAUAUACAAAUACUACAAUAUAGUUUCUCUACCUUUGCUUUACAAAUGUGUGUAAAAUAUGUAUGGAUAUCAUAUUUUCCAUUCUGAUUUCCGAAAUCCCAUUAUCCGGU